CCUGGCCGUCGCGCUCUCUCACGGGCGGGGGGCGGUCAGCGCGCUCCUAGCACUUAGACCGACGGGGAGGGUCGGCUGUCAUUGCCGCCAUCGCCACCAUGUCGGAGCCGGGCCACCUGGGGUUCAAGCGGGCCGAAUCGGCGAGGCUGCGUCGGGCGGAACAGCUGAAGCGCUGGAAAGGCUCCUUGACCGAACUGGAGCCGGUGACUCCCGCCCGGAGCCGGCACCGCGGUGGGGGCCGUGUGCGCUUCGAGGACGGCGCCGUCUUUCUGGCCGCCUGCUCCAGCGGAGACACGGAGGAGGUGAAGCGCCUGCUGGCCCGAGGAGCCCGCCUUAACACGGUCAACGUAGACGGGCUGACAGCGCUACAUCAGGCCUGUAUAGAUGAAAACCUGGACAUGGUAAAAUUUCUGGUAGAAUAUGGAGCCAAUGUAAAUCAGCAAGAUAACGAGGGGUGGACCCCACUUCAUGCAGUUGCAUCUUGUGGCUAUCUGAACAUAGCAGAGUACUUGAUAAAUCAUGGGGCCAAUGUUGCUGCUGUGAACAGUGAAGGUGAAGUCCCAGCUGACCUUGCAGAGGAAGCAGCCAUGAAAGAUUUGCUUUUGGAGCAAGUAAAGAAACAGGGGGUGGAUCUUGAUCAGGCCAGAAAAGCAGAAGAACAACAAAUGUUGCAAGAUGCCCGACAGUGGCUAAAUAGAAGGAAAAUUGAAGAGAGAAAGCACCCUCGAACAGGAGCUACUGCUCUCCACGUAGCUGCAGCUAAAGGCUACUGUGAGGUGAUGAGACUCUUGAUCCAAGCUGGGUUUAAUGUAAAUGUUCAGGACAAUGAUGGAUGGACACCACUCCAUGCUGCUGCACACUGGGGGGUGAAAGAAGCUUGCACUAUCUUGGCUGAAGCACUCUGUGAUAUGGACAUCAGGAACAAACUGGGUCAAACACCGUUUGAUGUUGCUGAUGAGGGAUUGGUUGCACACUUAGAGAUGCUGCAGAAGAAACAGAAUAUGCUGCGUAGUGAAGAAUCAAACAAAUUAAUUGAAGCUGAUAUGAAUGGUAAAGUUCAAAGUGGACUUUUCAAAAACAAAGAGAAGAUUAUUUAUGAAGCAGAUACUUUGAAAUCAUUAGAGACCGAAGAAGAGAGCAAGGAAUCUAGUAGUUCCAGCUCUGAGGAAGAAGAAGAAGCUGAAGAAGAGGAAGUUUCAGAGUCAGAUGCUGAAAAGGAGGCAGAGAGCAAAGAAGAGUCUGUUGCAAACCAUUCCAAUCAUGAAUCCAGAAUUCUCAUCACAGAACAAACACCACCCCCAGAACAUAACACUUUUACGAUGGCUCCUGCUAGAAAAUGUAGUUCGUUGCUCAACAAGCCUGAGGAACAAAAAGAUGAAUCACCAUCAUCAUGGAGGCUAAGCUUGCGGAAAACUAGCAGCCAAAAUGCACUUAGUGGGGACAGCGCGCCCUGUGACACUCUCAAAGAGAAAGGCAGCUCCAUCUAUUACUCUUCUUCAACCCCUCGGAUAUCUGCACUAUUAGAUAACCAAGAGAAGGACAAGGAUAAUAAAAUCUAUUUUGCUUCAAUAUCCCCUCGAAGAUUAAAUAAUACAGGUGACAUUGAAGAAAAGGAAAACCGAGAAUCUGCUGUUAACUUGGUACGGAGUGGUCCUUACUCUCGCCAACAAUGGAGGGAGGAACCAAAGGGGAAUGAAGCCCCUACAACUGCUGCACCUUCCACCUACAUAUCUACCUUUAUGAAAAGUGCUUCAUUUGGUAGAAGUAGUGAAAUCACCAGUCCCUACAUUUCAGCUAAUCGCAAUGCAUUUUCUACUACCUCAUCUACUAUUCUUGGUUCAUCUACCUCAUUGGGCACAGAGUGGCAGAUUGCCCCUUGCCCAACAUCUACCAGGCCUAACACUACAACAUCAGUUUACCAGUCUACCAGAGCCCCUUACCGACAACAAAGUGACUCUACCACAGAGAAGAGCACAGAGGCUGUCUCUUCUAGCAUUCCAUUAAGUGUCAUAACAAAUCUCACUGUACCUGGAAGUUCCAAUGGUGUCACAACUACUAAUUCUAACUCACUGACUGGAACAGAGUCAUCUACUGGUGAUGCCAGGGAUCGAAGAAGGUCAUAUCUGACACCUGUAAGAGAUGAAGAAGCAGAAUCUCUAAGGAAAGCUCGAUCUAGGCAAGCUCGUCAGUCUCGCAGAUCUACCCAGGGUGUAACACUUACAGACCUGCAGGAGGCAGAGAAAACUUUUAGCCGGUCUCGCGCAGAACGGUUUACUCAGGAACAGCCAAGUGAAAGGUCAGACAGGCUCAGAGCUAGUGAGGGAAGCGGUGGAAAACAAGAAGAUAUCCCCAGAAGAGAAUCCAGGGAGGUCAACUCACCAUGGACUAGAAACUUGGAUGAAGAGUCUUCUGGUCGUCGAUUGAGAUACCUAACACAACAAGACAAACCUACAACUGCUGUCUCUCCUUCAUUAACUUCCAGUCUUUAUUCAAGUUCUCACAUGCCCAAGACAAGUAGAUCUGUAUCUUCUGAUUCAUUGAGCUCAGCAGAUUACCAAAGCACGUCAGCUGGCAACAUGGAGAAAAAUGAAUACGAAGUUCAGGACCUGGAUGACAGAACUUCAAACAAGCAGUCAGUAAGAGAGAGAAGGCGACCAAAAGAAAGACGGAGAGGCACUGGAAUCUUUACAAAGGAUGUAGACAAGCCUGCAAUGAGUAUUUCUACCAGUAAUACUACAAAGUUUGACAAUCCAUGUGAUAUAGAGUUGCCUUGCUACCACCCUGAAUGGACCAUGUCUUCCUUGUAUACCAGGAAUAAGGAGUAUACUCGAAGCAAAAAGUCUCAGUCUGAUUCUCCCCCAUCAUCUCCUUCCCCGAUUGCAAAGACAUUCAGACAUGAAAGACUCUCCAGGCUGGAUUCAGCAAGUUCAAGUACUGGCACUAGUGAUACCUAUGGUGAUCGACCCUCAGCCCGCAGCAGUGCCUAUACCAGAAGAGCUGCUCUCAGCAACAGAACAGAAGAUGAUAGUAGCAAGGAUUAUAAAAAGCUCUAUGAGAGUGCCCUGUCUGAAAAUCAGAAACUGAAAUCUAAACUGCAAGAUGCCCAGUCAGAACUCACAGAUGUUAAGUCAAAAAUGGACAAACUAUCUCAGCAGAAACAGGAGAAAACUUCAGAUCGUUCAAGUAUGCUUGAGAUGGAAAAAAGGGAAAAACGGGCCCUUGAACGGAAGCUUUCUGAAAUGGAAGAAGAGAUGAAGAACCUUCACCAGCUCAAACAGAUUCACACUUUGAGGCAGAUGAAUGAGCAACUGCUGGCCGAAAACAGGGCUUUGACCCGGGUGGUAGCCAGGCUGUCGCAAUCCGCUGAGCCCCCAGAGUCAGAAGAGCUAUAGCACCUCCCCUUCCAGUUGAUUUCACCUCUCCUUCCAUUCUUCCAGGUUUUGACAGAUCUGAAGUCAGACAAUCAGCGGCUGAAAGAUGAGAAUGGAGCACUCAUCCGAGUCAUCAGUAAA